AUAUUUCCUCUCUUUUUCACUCGUGGGAAUUUCUAAAACUUUUAAGUGACAUAUAUUAGAAAUGGCAUCACGAGGACAGUCAGAAACAGAUAGAUUAAAACAUAAUCUGGAAGAACAGCUUGAAAGAUUAGUUCAGCAACUAGCAGAUUUAGAAGAAUGUAGGGAUGAAAUGGAUCAAGAUGAAUAUGAAGAGACCAGAAAUGAAUCUAUGGAGCAAUUAAGAGAGUUUAAUAACUCUUUAAGUAAUAUUGCAGCUGGAAAUAUGACUUUAGUUGAUGAAUUAGGUAGUAUGCAAUUGGCUAUUCAAGCAGCUAUUAGUAAGGCAUUUAAAACUCCUGAAGUUAUUCGUAUGUUUGCAAAAAAACAACCGGGACAAUUAAGACAGAGAAUGGCUGAGUUGGAAAGAGAUGCUAAGAUUGGUAAAAUCAGUCAAGAUUGCUUUAUACAACAGAAAUUGGAAAUUCUUGCAGCAUUAAAAAAGUUAGGAGAUUCAUUAGAUGCUGCUGAAUUGAAUUUGCUUGAAGAACAUUCUUCCAGUGCAUUGAAAGAAUUUGAAAAAGUCACUAAUGACAUUGGUAAGUAAUUAUUUGAGCAUUUG